CUGCGAAGUCAAAGUGAGAGCGGACUCAGCGCUUGUUGGUUCCUGUUUGCCUCUUGCCAGUUACUGCUGAAGUCUUGGGAACAAAUCCAGAUUGUACGAGGAAGAGGAGUAACUGCGCUUUAUCAUUAUGAAGCUCUCACUUCUUGUUGCGGUCGUUUUAUCUGCACUGGGAGAUAUCACAUCUGUUCCAAUUGGGAAGGAGGGAAGAAGAGAGGACUUGGUGACCCGGUGUAUCGUCGAAGUCUUUUCCAAUGCACUUUCCAAACCAAACGCUCCUCUGGUUGAUCCAGCAUGCAAAAAUAUUCUAAAGACAAGUGCAAAACAUGAGACAAUGGAAAAGAAGAGUAACAAAGAGCUUGUGAAUUUUGAAGGGAGCCAUGAACAAGAACCUGAAGAGGAGUUAAAGAGAUAUCUGGAGGAGCCUAAUCGAGAGGAGAAAGAGUUGAAAGAGAAAAAUAACUUUCAAGAUGAAGACGAUAAAAGAUACAUCAAGGAGAGUGAGGAGAAACAACACCACACAGCAGCCAAAAGAAGCGAGAAGACCAGCAUCCAAGAAGAAAAAAUGCAUUAUGAUGUGGAAGACAAAAGUCAUUAUUCAGACAGUGCAGAAGAAGGAGAGGAAAUCAGAAAACGUAACCACCAUGCAGAAGUUGAAGAAAAGAGACAUACAAGUGAAGAGGAUCAUCCAGAUCUGAACAUGGAGUUGGAGAAAAGAUCUCAUCAUGGUCAUAGUAAGAGAAGUGGGGAGGAAUCUAUUGAAGAACAGGCUUAUGGGGAGCACUAUCAGGAGAAGAGAUCAGAAGAAGAGAAGAGUGAUGAAAGAGAAAAACACAGAUACAAUGGUCACAUACACUAUCAUAGAAAACACAAAAGGAACAGCUAUUCCUCUGAAGAAAAGAGAAGCAAAGAGUCAGAUGAGUCUAAUGAGUCUAAAGAGGAAGAAGACAAACAACACCACGAACAGAUUAGAAACUUUCCAGAGGGAAGCUUUGUAGAAAAGAGACACCACAUUGCUGAGAAAAGACACCAUCCUGAAGAAAGCGAUGAAGAUGAUGAAGAGGAGAAACAUCACCAUGAGGAAAAGAGACAUUAUUCUAAAGAAAGUGAAGAGAAAAGGCACCACAGUUCUGAAAAACGGCAUCAUUCCAAGGAAAGUGGGGAAGAAGAAAAACACCACCACAGUGAAGACAAGAGACACCAUUCCGAAGAAAUUGAAGAGGAAGAGACAAAAAGACACCAUGAAGAAAAGAGACAUCAUUCUGAGGAAAGCGAAGAGGAGGAGGAAAAGAGACACCACUUGGAAAAAAGACAUGAUUCAGAGGAAAGUGAGGAGGAUGACGGACACUAUAGUUUUGAGAAAAAACGACAUUCCAAGGAAAGCAAAGAGGAGGAGGAAAAACACCACCAUGAGGAAAAGAGUCACCAUAAGGGAAAGAGACAUGAUUCAGAGGAAAGUGAGGGGAUUGAAAAAAGGUACUACAGUGAGGACAAGAGACAUCAUUCUGAGGAAAGUGAAGAGGAAGAAAAAAGGCACCAUUCAGUAGAAAGCCGUCAUCAUGAACGAAAGAGGAGACACUCUGAGAAAAGUGAAGAGGAAGAAGAAAAGUACCACUACAGUGAAGAGAAGCGCCAGCACUCUGAAGAAAGUGAAGAAGAGACACAGAAACAACAUCACAGUCAAGAGAAGAGACAUCAUUCUGAAGAAAGUGAGGUCAGGGAAGAAAAGCAGCACAACAGUGAAGAAAGCCCAGAAGGAGACAGGAUUCAUGAAGAUAAAAGGCAAUACCUUGAAGAAGUUAGUGAGGAGGAGCUAAAAAAGAGACACCAUCCCUAUGAGAAGAGGCAUUACAGUAAGGUAGAAGAAAAUAAGCACCAUGGUGAAGAUAAGAGAUCUCAAAGUCAGGAAGAGGAGGAAAAGCUAAGGCACAUUCAGGAGAAGAAACAUAUGGGAGAUGAUGAGGAGGAAAAAAGGCUAGCUGAUGAUUCCAGUCCUUACCACAAGGAGGAAUGGUGGGAGAAACAGAUUGUCAAAAAAGAAAAUCUUGAAAAUGAAGAAGAGAAAAGACACCAGGAAGAAAAGCCUCAUUACCCGGAGGUUAUAGAAGAGGGCUGGUGGGAUAAGAGGAGCGAUGGUAUGGAAUAUGGACACCACGACAAUGAGGAGAAACUGAACUACCUUCUGACUCAUCACUUUCAAGAGAAAAGGCCAUACUCUGGUAACAGAAUGGAUGAACUAGCAAAGCUUUUGAAUUACAAGAAGGCAGUUGACUUCCCUGUUCUUUCUGAGGAGAAGAGGAGUCAUUAUGAGUUUGAGGAAGAAAAGGAAAACCAUCAUCAGAGGCCACUCUCACAAGAGGAGGAGAAGGAACUUCAGAACCUGGCAGUCAUGGACUUAGAACUGCAGAAAAUAGCAGAGAAGCUUCACGAAAACCAGAGAGGGUGAAAAGAGAUGAAUUCUGCUGUACACUCCAUUUGUAACUGAAUCUGUUCAACCUGCUUGGUUAUUGUUAGAUACACAACAAAACAAAAAAUGCCUUUAUUGUCCACAACAUGUAAUGUUUCAUGCAUUCUGGUGGAUAUACUUGUAUUGUGCUGUUUUAAUGUUAUUAAAAGCUAACUGGCAUGGGAAUUAUUUAGAAAAUAUAGAUACAUUUUUUGAGCCUGUGUACUGACUACCAAUAACUAUCCUGACAUGAUUGUUUCUGUUUCUGAGUUUGCAAACAAUAAAAUCCAACAUUCUGGGACCAAA